AUGUGCCACGAAGAGCACUAUAUCAUGUUCUGUGACGCGUUCAGAGCAAAGACGGCGUCGGAGAGAAGAAAGCACAUCGAAGCCAACCAGCUGUGCUUCAACUGCCUCGAGAGGCACAAAGCUAGCGAGUGCUCGUCCAAGAAGACGUGCUCGUCGUGCGGCGAACGUCAUCAUUCGCUCCUCCACCACGCGGGCAACACCUCCGAGGUCGCAAGAUCGUCACUCUCAGCGAACCGAAGCGCGAGAGCCGCACCGGCGGUGCUUCUCGCGACUGCGCGCGUUCGGGUGGCCGACAAGUUCGGAGUCCUGCAUGCCGUACGCGCCUUGGUAGAUCAGGGUUCCGAGAUCUCACUCGUGGCAGAAUCGCUCGCGCAGCGUCUGCAGCUAGCACGCGCACCUACUUCCAUCGCCAUCGUCGGCGUUGGCGGACGAUCAACGGGCGCUCGGGGCCAGGUUGAGCUCGCGCUCUCGCCGCUGCGGGACGGCCCGCCCUUGCGAGUCUCGGCCUUCAUCCUGGACCGACUGACGACGACCAGCGGCGGCCUCCGCGCAGACCGGCACUCCUGGCGGCACCUCGACAACCUGGAACUGGCCGACCCGGGCUUCUUCGCCGCCGACCCCGUGGAGCUUCUCCUCGGCGCUGACGUCUGCGCGGACAUCCUCCAGCCAGGUCUCCGCCGCGGAGGACGCCAGCAACCUGUGGCACAAAGGACGACGUUAGGAUGGAUACUAUCGGGCGCUGUCGGCGCCUCGACCGCCGAGCGGACCGCCCGCACCUACCACUGCAGCGGAGACGACGGCCUCCACUCCCUGGUGCAGCAGUUCUGGCAGCAGGAGGUAGCGGACGCCACCGCAGCGCCACUCACCGCCGACGAGACGGAAGCCGAAGAACACUUUGCCCAGACGCACUCGCGAGACGUAAGCGGCCGCUUCGUGGUCCGUCUUUUGAUCACUCCGCCGCUGCCAGACCUCACGGGGACGAAGUUCGCUGCCGCCCGCCUGCUCGGGCAAAUGGAGCGGAGAUUCACCCGUGACGACCAGUUGCGACGCCUGUACUCUGCCUUCAUGCAGGAGUACGAGGACCUGGGGCAUAUGUCCCCCGCUCGGCCGGGCACAGCAAUGCCCUCCGAGUGCUUCUUGCCUCACCACGGCGUGAUGCGCAAGACAAGCUCCUCAGCCAAGAUCCGGGUCGUAUUCAACGGCUCGUCGACCGUGGCAUCUGGCGCGUGCCUCAACCAGCACCUCAAGGUGGGGCCAAACCUCCUGCCCGCCUUGGACGACGUGCUGCUGCGGUGGCGCGUGCACCGAUUCGUACUGGCGAGCGACAUCGAGAAGAUGUAUCGCAAGAUACUCGUCGCUCCUGAAGACCGCCACCUGCAAAAGAUUCUCUGGCGUCACGGUGACAACACGACUCCGAAGGAAUACGAGUUGAACACGGUCACUUACGGCCUGGCAUGCGCCCCGUUCUUGGCCAUCCGCUCCCUUCGGCAGCUCACCAGCGACGAGGAGGCCCUCUUCCCCCAGGGAUCAGCGGUUCUGCGCCGAGACGUCUACGUGAACGGCAUCCUCACGGGCGCACCCACCAUCGAGGAAGCCAUGGACCUCCAGCGGCAACUAACGGAGCUGUGCACGGCGGGCGGGUUCCCGUUGAGGAAAUGGUCGGCGAACGACCCCCCGCCUGCUGGAUCACAUCCCGGCGGAGCACCGGACUCAGCGCGACCGACUGUCCUGGACUCCACAGGAGAGUCAUGCCACUCUCGGCCUCCAGUGGCACCCGGGCAUCGACUGCUUCUCCUUCUCCACCAGGUCCAUCGCAGUUCCAGCGUUCACGAAGCGGUCCGUCCUUUCGCUGACGGCCCGCCUAUUCGACCCGCUGGGCUGGCUGGCACCGACCGUAAUCUGGGCGAAGAUCCGGUUCCAGUUCACCUGGCUGAAGGGCUUGGACUGGGACGCGCCACUGAGCAGCGCCGACGCAAAACUAUGGAGCGAGUUCGCCGACAAUCUCCCGAGACUGGAGGAGAUCCGCGUCCCGCGGCACAUGCUCCUCAGCGCAGCACAAUCGCGAGUCGAGCUGCAUGA